AUGGGUUGUCGAGUAUCAAAUAUUGCACCUCAUAUGUCAUAUUCGACUAAGGUUUAAGAAGCUACAGAAGGACAAACUGAAAUUAGAAGAAAUGUGAAAUAUACUACUUAAUUACUCUCUAUUCCUGAAUAAGGGAUUCUGAAUUUACAAGAUUUAUUUUCAAAAAAAGCUGAGAAAUAUGCUGUAAAAUAAUGCUUAGGUUCAUUUAUUGGAGAUGAUUUCUCUUUUAUGACUUAUUCAUAAGUUUAAGAAGAAGCCAUCCAUUUAGGAAGUGGGUAUUUGUGUAUAAUAGAUUAUUUAGGAUUAAAACAUGGGGUUUAGCAAAUGAAGUUAAUGAAUAUAAGAAUUAUAAAAUGAAAUUAAUAGGAGUGUUUAGUAAAAAUAGAAGAGAAUGGGUGAUUCUUGAUAUUGCUAAUAUAUUAUAUGGAUAUACUAUGGUUCCUUUUUAUGAUACUUUGGGUAAAAUUAGAUUUUAAUAAUUAAUAGGUCCAGAUUCAAUACCAUUCAUCUUAAACCAGACCAAUAUUGAAACAAUGUUUUUAAGUGCAGAUGCUACAAAAUCAUUACUAAAAUGUAAAGAUAAAUACAAAUUAUAAAAUUUGGUUUUAUUUGAUCCACUUACAGACGAAUAAGAAAGAGUAUUACUAUCUGUGCAAAUUAGGAAUUGAAAACUAAAGGAUAUAAAUUAUUUAAAUACUAAGAUGUUGUAUAAAAUGGCAAAUAUCAAAUCUAACCACUUGCUUAAAUUUAUCCAGAAACUAUGUAUACUAUUUGUUAUACUUCUGGAACUACUGGAAAUCCAAAAGGUGCUUUAAUAACACAUGGUAAUUUUGUGUCUGCUGUAGCUAGUACACUAGUUACAGAUGCAUAAAUAAAUGAAAAUGAUGUCUAUCUAUCUUAUUUACCUUUACCUCAUGUUAUGGAGAGAUUAAUAGUAAUAUCAUUACUAUAUGUGGGUGCAUAAAUAGGGUAAUUUAUAUAUAUAUAUCAAUAUUUUUUAGAUUUUAUAGAGGAGAUCCAAAUUUGUUAAAAGAAGAUAUUUUAAAAUUAAGACCCACCAUUUUUGUAUCAGUACCUAGACUUUACAAUAAAUUCUAUGAUGGAAUCAAAGCUAAAAUUUAAGAAGUCACAGGAUUAAAAAAGAUGUUUGUUGAAUAAGCUAUUAGUUCUAAAUUAUCUAUUUUAAGGUAAGAAGCAAGAUAUACAAAUUCAUUAUUUGAUAAGGCUUUUGAAGGAGUCAAACAAUUAUUUGGAGGUAGAUGUAGAUUGAUGGUAACAGGAUCAGCACCAAUUUAAUAAGAUGUUAUUGAUUUUUUAAAAAUAUCUGCUUGUUGCCCUUUUUUGGAAGGUUAUGGAUAAACUGAAUCUUCUGCUUUAUCAUUUUCAACAGCUAUUUGGGAUCCUGUAUCUUCUCAUUUAGGUGGACCAGCAGCUAAUACUGAAUUCAAAUUAGUUGAUGUUCCUGAAAUGAAUUAUACUGCUAAAGAUACAAUAACAAUUCAUAAAGGAGACUAAGUUGAAAUAUAAGCAAUUCCCAGAGGAGAAAUAUGUUUAAGAGGACCUGGUGUAUUUGUAGGUUAUUAUAAGGAUCCAUAGAAAACAGCAGAAGCUUUGGAUUCAGAUGGAUGGUUACAUACAGGUGAUAUUGGAAUGAUUACUUAAUAAGGAGGUGUAAAGAUUAUUGAUAGAAAGAAAAACAUUUUUAAAUUAUCUUAAGGAGAGUAUAUAGCACCAGAAAAGAUUGAAUCAGUUUAUAAUAGAGUUUAAGGAGUAGCAGAAAGUUUUGUAUAUGGAGAUUCACUUUAAAAUUAAAUUGUAGCAAUUAUAGUUCCUUAAAGUGAUUAUAUAUAGAAAUAAGCAGCUUUGAUGUAAAUUUAAGGAAACUUUGAAGAAAUUUGCUAAAAUUAAAAGAUGAUAUCUUUGAUUUAACAAAACAUUGAAAUUUUUAGUAGAUAAAAUUAACUUAAUUCAUUGGAAAUUGUAUAUUUAUUAAAAAUAAUAUUAGGCAAAAUUAAUUUAUUUAGAACAUUAACCUCUAUAAAAUUUAGGAUGUCUCACUUCCACUUUAAAAUUGCAAAGACAUGUUGCCAAAUAAGUGUUUGCUAAAUAAAUUGAAAAUCUAUAUAAAUAAAAAGUUUGA